AAAAAUAAAAAUAUAUCAUCAUCGCCCGCUUUACCGCGGCCCGGGGAAUUCUACCCUAUCAAAAAAUCCCAAUUCCAAAACCCUAAUUAUAAAACUGCAAACUUGGAGAGGCUGAGAAGAAGAAGAAGAAGAAGAAGAAGAAGAGAGUGGCAGAGUUGAUUUUCUACUAUCUUCUCCAAUCUUUCACUGCUCCAAGUAGAUUGAAGAAUUUCAGAAGGCAUUGGGCUUCGAUCGAUUCACACUCCAAAAAGCGUCGCCGGAAUCACUGUAAAGUUACUAUGGCGGGUCGAGGUGGAGGUAGGGACCGGUUUCCGGAGAGUCGCGGUGGGCACGGGCUGCGGCGGUUGGACUCCAAAGGUGGGAAAGCUCCGCCUUCCAGGAACCUAUGGGUUGGUAACCUUUCUCAUAGUACCGUGGAGGAAGAUCUCGUUAAUCCCUUUCUGCAGUUUGGAGAGCUAGAAAGCGUAGCCUUCCAUCCCGGCCGGAGUUAUGCCUUUCUUAAGUUCAAGAGGGAAGAUGAUGCAAUCGCUGCCAUGGAUUCCCUCCAGGAUCUUCCUGUUGCAGGCAACCCACUGAGGAUCGAGUUUACCAAGGCGGAUAAAUCAUCAGCACCAUCGCGUGAAGAAGAUUACUCCCAACGUCGAGAUGAACAACGUACAGCUCCAAGAGGAUCACCUUUUUAUCAAAUGGAGUUUAGAGCACGCCAGGAUAGUCCUGAGCAAUUUUAUCAGGAAAAAUCCAAUAUGAGUGAUAAGAAUGCAGAGCCUAGUGCUGUUUUAUGGAUAGGUUUUCCUGCUUUAUUGAAGGUGGAUGAAAUGAUAUUAAGGAAAGCUUUCUCACCGUUUGGUGAGAUUGAGAAGAUCACUGCAUUCCCCGGUCGUACUUAUGCUUUUGUUCGAUUUAGGAGUGAAGUGUCAGCGUGCAGAGCGAAAGAAGCUCUUCAGGGAAAAUUAUUUGGAAAUCCCCGGGUGCAUAUUUGCUUUGCAAAGAGUGAAACAGGCUCAGCUAAUAGUGGAAGGAAUUCAAUGAGUGUCCCUCCAUCCCCUCAUUUUCAGGUGAAUGGUCGCUCAGGAUCAUCUGAGAAUUUUCGAGAGGACACGAAAUUUGGGAGCUUCACAGGUAAUCCCAGCAUCAGAUCUCCUCAUUAUUUUCCAGAUUUUGAUGCUGUUGAUUCUGAUCCCUAUGGUUUUAAGCGGAAGGGGAAUUUAUGGAGAGGUGAAAACAAUAUGUUUGAACAGAGGAGAUACAAGGAAAUGAGGUCUGAACUAGGACUAUCAGAAGAUAUGUAUGAUCCUCGGGGUAGUCCUAAAAGAGAGAAAUAUUCUCAUUUGAAUGAUUAUUCACAGAGAUUUCCUCAGACAAGUCAACCUUAUGAAGAGCCAUGGGACUUGCCAGAAGAUAUUCAUUUAUUUCAUGGGGCCAAGAAAUUGAAGACAGAGUCUUUUCUUUCGAACAAAGAGUUUCCAGAGUAUCCCCAGUCUGACUACAACCCAGAAAGACAUGGCUUUUCUAGGUCAUACUCUGAUUUUCCCCAAGCUGACAGUUCCAAUAGAAACUUUGAGGGCGGGCCAUUUGGUUACAACCAGAUCCCUGAUCGACCAAUGAGUUUACCUCCAGCUCUAGAAGAAAGGGGUGACCGCUGGAAAGAAUCUUAUGAUGAUUUUCAGGUGAGCUCGGGUUCUCAGCUAGCAAAUCCUGUUGACAGGAGAAGGUUCACUCCUGAACGCGAUCGGCCUUCUUUCAAUGUGUGGAAAUGGGAAGGGACUAUAGCAAAGGGAGGAACUCCUGUCUGUAAUGCUCGUUGCUUUCCUGUGGGCAAACUCCUUGACUUCACAUUGCCUGAAUUUUUGGAUUGUACUGCAAGGACUGGUCUAGACAUGCUUUCAAAGCAUUACUAUCAAGCAGCAAGUGCUUGGGUUGUGUUCUUUGCCCCACAAAGUGAUGCUGAUAUUGGAUACUACAAUGAAUUUAUGCAUUAUCUUGGGGAGAAGCAGCGAGCAGCCGUUGCUAAGUUAGAUGACAAGAAUACCUUGUUUCUUGUGCCCCCGUCAGACUUCUCAGAGAAAGUGCUGAAGGUACCAGGGAAACUCAGCAUCUCCGGUGUUGUUUUGAGGUUAGAAAAUCCUAGUUCCAAUUUUGGAUCGGUACACCAACAACCCGAAAGAAAAGACACGAGAUUAUUGUCAUUGCCUGGGGAUACAUCAUAUACAAAGCCAUCAACAGCUUCAGAAUCUAUUCAUUCAUUUACAUCAGCUCCACCGGUGUCAUUUUCAGGUUCAGCUUAUGGUGUUGGAAAUGGAUCUGAUUCUUACAACGAGAGCAGGCACGAGUAUCCACAUCAUAUGGAAAGCCCUGCAUUGGGGCGAAACUGGUCUUCACACAAGCCGCAAAACUCAAUUAUGGAUACUAGAAAUAAAUCAACCCAAAUGCCCAAUAGUUCCAUUGAUUCUAUUUUUCAGGAGCAUAGGAUCAUGCAAAGGGAAGCACAACAGUCGAGCAUUCCAGGUGGAAUUUCUCGUAUUCGAAACAGCCAUUCGUCACAGCAGGAAAUCCAAUCUCCUGGCUUUUUAUCUGUGCCGUCUGAAUCCCUGCAACCUGAGCAACUUGCACAAUUGGCAUCAUCUCUUGGGCAGCAGCAGAGGCAGUCUGCGAGAACUCCAAAUCCAGCUACCGGAGAAGAUUUUAGACAAAGAAACACAAUGAAUGAGUCUGAUAACAUUCCAAGGACAUCCCAGACAUUUGGUAUGCAGAAUAAUGAGGUGAAUUCACAGCCAUCAACAUCUCAGUUUGGUCAAGUCCAACAGUUGCAGCAGCGGCAACAGCAGGUAUCAACUGUGUCUGCAGCGCCUCACACUGUCCAAACAGCGGUUCAGGGAAACCAACAACUGCAAAGCACGAGUACAAAUGAAGCAGUAGAAACAGAUCCACAGAAACGUCUGCAAGCGACAUUACAGUUGGCAGCAGCUCUUCUUCAGCAAAUCCAAGGGAAAGGAAGUUGACCAGUACUGGAAUAUGAUCGUGCUGGUCUCAUCUAUUUUUUGAGAGUGAGUGACGGAUAAAAUUCGAAAUUCAACACCCGUAACGCAGUGCAGUUGCACAUGAAUUUUGAUUUUCCUAUAGUUUGAUGUAAAUCCUCUUCUUUCUUAUUUUUACUGUUGGGUUCAUGCAGUUUGAUGCUUAUUGGUUUGUUUUGUCCAAUGACUCGAAUGGGGUCGUGCUACUCAUCUACAUUCUAUAUUGACAGAAUUGAAGAAAGUUACCGGCUACAUUUGAUAGCUACUUUAUG